GAGCGCCCUGACUUGCUCUGCAACUACUUUGGUUAAAGGAUUCUUAGGGCAUUUAUUAGUCGCCAUGGAGGCAGGAACAAAAGACAGCAUCAAUAGCAUCCCGUGUGCAAUUUCAGAUGUCGCCGACAGUUCUCGAGAUAUUCAUGCCCUCGAUGCAAUAUACCAUACUGCUCAUUGACAUGUUUUCGCUCAGGGAUUCAUGCUGAUUGUUCAGAGGCGUUCUACAAGAAGGAACUGGAGACCGAUAUUCGUAGCACGCCUUCCAAAAGUGCAGAAGAGCGACAUAGGAUGAUGGAGCUCUUGAAGCGGUUCGAGGAGGAUUCUCUUGAGGACACUGGUUUGCUUGAUGAGGACGAGCAGGAUCAGGAUGAUCUCAUAGCUAGAUUUCAGAAUCUCAACAUAGAAAGUGCUUCAUAUGACGAGAUCUGGUCUGCACUAACACCUGAAGAACGAGACAACUUCCUCAAGGCAUUGAACGAACCCUCGAGCGAGCUUGCUCAGCAGCUUCUGGCGAGUGAAGAGCUACAGAAGCAGAAGAUCGAUCCCUGGUGGGAAGCACCAAAUGAAGACACCGAGGAAGACUCGUUAGAAAGGUCCUUAAUUUCUCUCAAGAAGUAUGGUAAGAGACCGACAAUGGUCGAGAUUCCAGACAAUAUCGUAUCAGCGUCGGCCAAGAGCUUGAACACUGGUCCGUCACUGCUGUAUAAUAUAACCGCUGUGCUUAUUGCUUAUGCGUAUAUUACACGUUCCUUUGCGACCUCCCCUAUUUCGUCUCUCGCCCCUCAGGAUUCCGAUUCCGAAGAAGCUCGUCGAACGAUCUCCCGCCUUGUACCGUUUCUAGUGGACAGAAAGUCUACGACUGUUCUACCAAGCGUUUCAGCUCUAGUCACAGACCUUUGGUCGAGAUUCGAGCCAGGAACCAUGACAUCCACGUUCUUCGCCAUCCUACUCAACGACGCCUCGAAACUUCUUCGACCCUCACCUGUCACAGUCUUACCUAAUGACACGACCUCAUCCUCACCGUACGAAUCGCAUACGAAUGCUAAUGCUCUCCGUGCACUGUCCGAUCUAUCAUCCUUCUUCUCUUCUACAAAAGGAGACAAGCCUCGCCCAGCUAAUGUUCACAUCACUCAUAAACUCACAUUCUACGCUGCUCGGAUAAUCUCCACACCGACUAAUGUGCUGGGCAUGCUCGCGGAUGAGGUAAUGCUGAAAGCGGAAGCCGUCAAGAGGGAAGGUGCUCAAGCUGAGACGGAGAAGAAACCUACGAGACCAAUCGAGUUGACAGAGGCCGAGAAGAGUCAGGCGAGUGGAAGGGAGAAGGUGGAGGCUUUGUCUUCUAUUGAACGGGGUAAACGUGUCGUCAUCGAGGAGCUCACUUGAUACACUUUCGUGAACGAAGGUCCUCUUCUGUUGGAUAUAAACCCUUGACAGAAAUAUUGACAACGUACGAGAUAGCGAAAACAUUGGCAACACCUAGUCUGCCUUAGCAACCGGAAGUUUGUGAAAUCGUGUUUGGGACGGUAAACCAAACCGGACGAGGCAUACAAAGUGUUGUAGACAGGGAAGAACCGAAACUACGUUACACCAUUCCGAUGGAAACAAUAUUUGAAUUGUACAUCUACUCCAAAAUUACAUGCGAUGCUAU